AUGGAUUCGGCGGUGCUGAGGGUCGCAGGUCGUUGCGGCGGGAAGCUGUCUGACGAACGUAAUGCUCUCAAGCCGCAGCCGCAGGCCCGCAGCCGCGCCCGCCCAGUUUUUGGGUCACUUCCUUGCUCAACUCCAAUGACCCACCAAAGCUCUACUCAGCCAAUGAAGCUGAUCCACUCGAUUGAGCGUUGUGGCGGUGCCACUACGACCCAGUUGCCCCGGUUCCCAACCACCCGAUUUCCCCAAGUGCAGCUAUCGUUGGUACUCGGCUCGCCAGAUGAAGCUGAAUACUGCUCAUCUUUCUUUUUUUCCCUCUACACGAACGACCCUUGCGUCACUAGCCAGAACUUCACGGCCUACUUGGCGAUGACCCCUCCUGGUUGCGGAACCCACGGACUGACACCUGCCGAGAUCUCGUCGUGGUGCCAGAAGCCAGCGCAAGAGCUGUCAUGGCGCUGCCAAUCUGCCCUAUACGAGUCAAAGACCGUUUCCUCUGCCCUAGAACUUCUGUCACGAGAGGUCAUGACCACUGCACUAGAUCCGAGCGUCCCUGCCAAUGGUUGCAAGGCACCAGAUGGCAAGACCUGCGAAACGGUACCUGACGGGGCCUGCCCGGCGGGAGAGACAAACGGCAGGGCAAACAAUCGCACCUCUAUUGUUACGGCCACGAGUAUUCAUUCGUACAGUUGGGUUGGAACAGGCUUUCUCUACCUAUCGAUUGUCGUCCAGUGGACGGACCGACCCCUGCAGGUAAACAAGUGGGAACCAAGGCGCUCUGGGCCGGGCCAGUCACGAAGGCCACUUAUAACCCUCGUCUGUCCCGGGUGUCUUGGUCUAAGUGAAGGGGGAACCACAUCUCGGCGCCCGAUCUUCAGGAACAAGAACAGAAAAAGAAGCAGCAAGUGUGACGGAAUCGCGCACUCAAGAGGAAUCUUCACAAUCACACUCCGGCAGCAAAAUCAAGAGGUUGGACUUCAGGGAGGUUGGGAAUCGACCCGCGCAACGGCCAAGAAGAAAAAAAGACAAUCCCACUGCCCAAACCAAGUAAUACGACACUCCCGUUUCAUUCUUCCCGACUUCUUGGUUCCUUCUUCCCAUCUAACCCAAGAAUCAUCACAUUCCAAGCUCUUACUUACCCUCCCUCUUCUUCUCAUUCCCCGCCAACCAUUAAUACCUCAUCCUACCGCUACAACAUUCCUCACUCUCGCAAUCUUUGGGGCGCCCACGAGGCUACGAAACAAGACAGGACCUCUCGAUAUCGCCAUUGACGGAACAAAGUUGGCCAUCGCGCGGUCUCCGUCAGAAAUAAUGGCAUGGCGCAAGCAGUCGGCAGCGGCCCCUCUGGUCGCCGGCCUUCUUCUCUUGGUGUCCGCCCCCACUCCGGUGUUCGCCCACCCUUAUCCUCUCCAAAAUGUCGCAAACAACCUCUUUUACAAUUUGGGCGACCAAUUUAUGAAGCGCGAUUGCGUUCAACGUUGUGGAGCCGACUCUCAGUACUGCUGUGGAUCCGGAGAGCAGUGCUACACCGUUAACAACAUCGCUGGCUGCAGCACCGUGAGCGGAGGUGGAGGCUACGGCAUUUACACCACGACAUGGACUGAGACGAACACCUUUACCAGCACAAUAUCGACAAACUGGCCUGCAGUGACAACAGGGGCAGCUGGGGGAGGCACCGGGGCCACCUGUGUUCCUCAGAGUAGUGGAGAGACGGCCUGUGGCAGCAUUUGCUGCGCCGCCAACCAGUACUGUGCCUACUCAGGGCAAUGCGCUCAGCGCGAUGGCUGGGGCGGAGGCGUCACUACAAUUACAUCGGGAGGCCAUACAAUCACCACCCAAUACUCUGCUCCUUACCGCAUCACGAGCACCGGGGCCACCGGCACCGCUGCCUCAGCAACCAGCACCGGCACAGUCGUACCCAUCACCAACGAGGGUACUGGUGGAGGAUUGAGCGGCGGCGCCAUCGCCGGUAUUGUUAUCGGCACGCUUGCAGGUCUCGGUCUUCUCAUGCUUCUCUGCUUCUGUUGUAUCGCCCGCGGCCUGUGGGGUCUCAUCUUUGGCAAGAAGAAGAAGGAGCACAGCCACAGCCGCGAACGAGUCGAGGUGGUUGAGGAGAGAUACUCGCGUCACGGCAGCCGCAUGCCAUCUGCCCACUCUGGUCGCCCCUCGCACGGCGGCUGGUUCGCAGGUGGCGGCCGUCCCGCUCCGGCUGCUCGUCGCAAGGAAGAGAAGAAGGAAGGCGCCAAGUGGUUGGGCCUGGGAGCCGCCGCAGCAACCAUGUUGGCGCUCUUGAAUCUUAAGAAGGACAAGCCGAAGGCCAAGCCUCGGUCAAGCUACACCGACUCGUACUACUCGUACACGGGGACAAGUCCCACUCUAGCUCGGGCGGAAGAACUCACCGCACCGGCCACACACGCGGCACACACACGACGCGCCACUCACGGAGGUAGCACCCCAAGUUCUUUGGCGACCUCGGUCGAAUUGCAUAUGCUGUCGGCUGCCUUUUUACAAGACGGUGGAAGCCCCGAACAUGCUUUGAACCACGGUGAUGGAAACUACAAGGCACGAGAGACGAGACAUUCGGCGACGAAGAGGGGAAUGAAAGAAUGA